GCGAGAGUCUGGCGAGAGUUGGAAAUUAGUCCAGUUAUUUUUGCCAGCCGGGCCAACAUGGGAAGGAUGGGGUCCACUUUACCCUCACUUUUCUGCGUGUUUCUCUGGAUUUUACCCCUGACGUUAGGCUUCAACUAUGAAACGAGGAUACCUCUGGUCAAGGAAGGCCCUCAAAACUCUUAUUUCGGAUUUUCCGUGGCGCAGCACCAGAUAACUGCGGACGGGUCGGACCCCUUCACCGUCACCGACAAUGUAUUAUUGGCAGGAGCGCCCAUGGACGACAACAUUUACCAACAGAACACCAUCCAGCCAGGUGCCUUGUACAGAUGUCCUAUGUCAACCAGGGUCAACGACUGCAUCCAGCUCAGGGUGGACGAUACAGAUGCAAGCAGCAAAGAAAACAAAACCCUACAGUGGCUGGGAGUCAACGUGGAAACGAUGAACAACGUUGGAGGAAAAGUGCUAACGUGUGCACACAGGUACAUGAGCGUUCCCAACAGGGACGCCAGCUGGGGCCUCGGGAAGUGCUUCCAACUGACCAAUCAGCUGGGACUAGAUGACACCCACAGCAGCCAGGGGCAGUGGACGCCAUGCCAGGGGUACGGGGAUGGACACCAGGAGUACGGGUACUGCCAGGCUGGAACGGCCGGUGGAUUCUCUGAGGACGACAAGGACGUCAUUUUUGGAGCGCCAGGGUCUUACUACUGGAUGGGUGUCCUGUUUGCCACCGACGUCACCGACCAGAGCUCAGACCUGAACAUGUACAAGAGCCCGGAGGACUUGGAGGUGGCUGGGGUGCCCAGAAACAGCUACCUAGCUACACAGAUCCCGAGGAACAGCUACCUAGGCUGGGCCAUCACAUCUGGCAGGUUCCUGGCUAAAAACAGGACAGACUAUGUGUCAGGAGCGCCGAGGGCGAACAGUAGAGGGGCCGUCCUGUUCUUUGGGAAGGAGGCGGGAAAGUUUGUGACUCGGCUGGUCCUGAAGUCCGAAUGGCUAGCUUCCUCCUUUGGAUUCUCCGUGGCAUCUGUGGACCUGAACUUUGACACGUGGCCAGAUCUUGCAGUAGGAGCACCGUUCUACUUCGACGCCAAGAACACCAAAGUCGGGGGCGCAGUCUUCAUCUACAUGAACGACCAACGCGGGAUGAAGAACGUAGAACCCAUAAAGCUGCUUGGACCCACAGACUCACUGUUUGGCUUUGCGUUGGCCAAUGCCGGAGAUGUAGAUAGGGAUGGAUACUAUGACCUGGCCGUGGGCGCCCCUUACGAUGAGGGUGGCAUGGGGGCAGUGUACCUGUACCGUGGGGACAAGAACGCUGGCAUCGUGAGGAAACCCUCGCAGAAGAUCGUCCCCACAGACUUCCCCACGCCUUUCGCUUCCAUCCAGACGUUCGGGUACUCCCUGUCUGGAGGCAGGGACAUGGAUGACAAUGGGUACUCGGACCUGCUGGUCGGGGCGUACCAGACUGCAAACAUUGUUCUACUGAGGGCAAGACCUGUUGUAACUGUGGAGGCAACAUUUGAAGGCCCCAGCACCAUUGACCCCAACGACUUCAGCUCUGGCUCUGCGUGCAGAAUUGGAAGAAAUAGCAGUUUUAUCUGCUUCGACGUGACUGUGAAACUCACCUACACAUCUCGUGCCAGGGAAGUGAAUGACAGAAUAACUGGGGAGACAGUGGUUGUACCGGAAUACUUCGACCGUUUCACCGUGGAUUACAAACUUCAGGCAGAGAAGACUCGUCUCGACGCCAACCUGAAUUCCCGUGUGUUCUUCAACCAACGGUUGGACCAGAACACUUUCGAGGGGCAGCUGCGGCUGAGGAAUGGACGAACGCAGGAAAGGAAGAUCAAGGUGUACGUCAAGCGGGACGUCCGAGAUUACCUUCGCCCCAUCCCGCUGGAGCUGAACUACGACCUCCCCCAGAACACCCCCUCCAUGCCCAACCCCGGCCGGCCCGUGACCAACCUGAUCAACUUCCCGAUCCUGAACAUGGCGGUGGGGAACAAGCGCGACCUGGAGGUGCACUUUCAGAAGGACUGUGGGGACGACCAGAACUGUAACAGCAACAUGCUUCUCAGUGCCAGGUUUAUGUUGCCUGGUUCCCCACCCACCUACAGCCUGGGGUCCCCAGAUGAGCUGAGUAUCGAGGUGACGGCACAGAACUUUGAUGAGCCCGCGUACGAGGCGGCGCUGUUGGUCGUUGUGCCGGAGAGCCUCAGCCUAGUCGGUGUGACCAGUGUGAAGGAGGAGGAGACCAAGACUUCUUGCUCACCAAGGGAAGGGAACGAGACGUACAUUGACUGUGAGGUUGGCAACCCACUUCGCGAGCUGCAAAAGUUCCUGCUUCGUUUUGAGACAAGAAACAUCGGGACAGACGAACCAGAGCUGGAGGUUUCCAUGGAGCUGACAACGACGAGUAAUGAGACCAACACAGAGGACGACAGGGUCACUAUUGUUGCUAAGGUGAUUGUGGAGGUGGACCUCACUGUUUCUGGAAAAUCCAAGCCAGAACAGGUGUUCUUCGGAGGGCAGUCUAAGGGAGAGAGUGAGAUGGAGUAUCUGGAGGAUAUCGGCACUCCUCUCAGCCACACGUUUGUGGUCCGUAACAUCGGUACUGGCGACGUACCGAAAGCAGUCGUGUCCAUUGAUUGGCCGUACGAGAUCCUGAAUACGCCGCUGCACACGAACGGAAAAUGGCUGCUCUACCUGACGGACAUCGCUGUCGUUGGCAAUGCCGAAUGUCGGCCGCCACCUGGGAUCAUCAAUCCAUUGAGUUUGGAGAGCCGGAGACCUAUUAACUACAAGCCUGUUAGUUCCACCACAGCCAGGGAUCGGUAUCAGGUCCGUGUCACCGACCGUGCGCGCCGAUCCCUGACCGACAACUACGCCCAUGGGAUGCAGACCUUUAUGAGGAGGGCACGCGAGACAAACAUCGGGGAACUGUUGGGCACCAAGAGUUCCAGGGAGUCAAAGAUCCUGGACUGUAAGAAAGGUACAGCCCGCUGUGCGGUGAUCAACUGUACCAUCGACCUCCUGGCCAAGAACAAGGACGUGGUCAUCACCUUCCAGGCCAGGCUCUGGAACUCCACCUUCCUGCAGGAAUACAGGGAAGUAAAGGAGGUGGACAUUGUUUCCCACGCGACAGUUCGGAUGCUCCCAACUCGCUUAAGCGUUGUUGAGGCCAACCCAGAAAACGACAAAACGGCCGUGAGCACAAGAGCCUUCCCCGACUUUGACCUUCAGAAGGAGGCCCCGGGUGUUCCACUGUGGAUCAUCAUCGUGGCUGUGGUUGGGGGGCUGCUGCUAUUGGUGCUCCUCAUCCUGUGUCUAUGGAAGUGUGGUUUCUUCACAAGGAAAAGUAAGAAAGAGAAAUAUGAAGCGAGGUACUACCAAGCCAAGAAGGUUCCUAAGGCCUCAGAGAAGGAGUAUCCUGCCCCAUAGACACCGUGUGGAUUCUUCCAGAGAACAAAGCUCAAGGAACAGAGAGCAGUCAAACGAAAGGCCCACUCAGCAUACUACGACCAGGUCCCACAGCAAGUCAAAGCCUAGAGUCCCAGGAGUUUGUCAUUUUUGUUUUCAGAUGGA